AUGGAAGAAUGGAUUCAAAUGCUUUAUGAUGAUAGGGAGAUGUGCUCAAAACCAGGACCAAUCGGAUAUAGUGUCAGUUUGACGACUGCUCAUAUUAUAGCCGCUCCUAUUUAUGCGGUUGCAUUUUAUACGUUGUAUGCAGAGAAGUCACCGAAUUUCAAAAUUUAUAAGAGAUAUUUAGCUGUUCACGCGAUUUGCAACAUAAUAUUUGAAUUCCACUUAUCCGUAGUCUUGAGACCCGUUAUCUAUUUACCAUAUCCGAUUGUUCGAUUCACUGGUAUCUUCAUGUUGCGAUAUAUAAACGGAAGCCUUACAUUUUUUAUUUUCGUUUUGUUCAUAUUCGGUAUAUGCUGGUCGAUUGUAGAACUAUUCCACUAUCGAUUCAAACUGAUUGUGGGCAGUAGUUUAACUUCGGAAUGGAUCAAAAAGACAGCCAGAAUUGCAGCUGUUACUAGAUGGACGUUGGCUGUUUUAACUCUUGUUACGGUAUUCACAAUACCUCUGUGUGUUAUUGGAAUGUUCGAUCAGACAAUGCACAAAAUGAGAUUCUCUCAGAUUCUCAAUCAAUACCCAGAAAUUCUCUGCAUGUCAGCACUAACACUUCCAAAAACUGCCGAUACAGGACUGAAGCCAAUUCAUCUUUUCAAUAUUUCCGCUUUCUUCUUCAUCGGUGUCGGAUUCUUUCUAUCUGGUUUCAUGGGAUUGACAUCAUAUUUGGCACUACGAAGAAUGGUUGCACAAACAAGAGCUUCAAUGAAAACAGUGGCCAUGCACAAGGCAUUCCUAAUCAGCUUGUUCUCACAAGUUUGUGUUCAUGGGGUUAUGCUAGGCUUCCCUGUUUUUAUUUAUAUCAUUGCAGCGAUAUUCAAUUUCGAUGGAAAUGAAGUUGCCUAUGUGGCAAUCGUAAUGGCAUCCCUGCAUGGAACCAUGAGUACCCUUGCUAUGAUCCUUCUGAAUAGACCGUUGUAUGAGCUUUUUAUGACAAAAAUUUGGAGAGUUUUCCCUCCAAACAUGGUUUUCAUACGAGAUCAAUCAUCUUUCAUUUCAACCGGUGUUUCUCGGUGA